AUGAAUCUGAACGCCGAGGCCUGCGCUGAGGAGAGGAAGUUGCAGCUGCAGGAGCUUGAAGAGCUCCGCCUCGAUGCGUAUGACUCUGCCAUGUGGUAUAAAGAAAGAACGAAGAUGUGGCAUGACAAAAACCUCAGAAAGAAGGAGCUCAAGGCAAGACAGAAGGUGCUACUAUUCCAGUCGAGACUGAAACUGAUGCCAGGGAAGCUGAGGUCAAGGUGGACUGGCCCCUAUACCAUCAUCGCCAUACGAGCAAAUGGAGCAAUCGAACUCCAAGGAAGCGACCCUGACUCGUCUUCCUUCUUAGUGAAUGGCCAUAGUGUGAAGUCCUACAGGGAUGGAACUGAGGUGUGCGUGGUGGAAGAAAUUCCACUAUUCAUGCCUAAAUCUCUCCAAUGA